AUGACUUUAACUACUGGUUUAGCAAUAAAAGAUGCUAUAUUACUGAAACUUAAAGAAGUUGGUCUUAGUUCAGAUAACCUUAAGGGACAAGGGUAUGGUGGGGGAGCAAACAUGUCUGGUAAACAUAUUGGUGCCCAAAGUCUAAUUUUAAAUGAGCAACCUCUAGCAUUCUAUACUUAUUGUUUUAGCCACUCGUUCAACCUUUGUUUAUCGAAGGCCUGUAAUGUUUUUUCAAUCAAAAAUAUGAUCGGAAUUCUGUCAACUAUUGCUGCUUCUUUUCUGCUUCAUCUAAGAAAGACGAGAGCUGAUGAAUUGAAAUCUGUUAUUUUAGCUGAUAACGACAUAUUUUUCUACAAAACAAACAACAAGAUCAUUUUAUCCGACGUUAUGGUUAUUCAUGGUACAUUAAAAAAACUUCGAAAAGUUGCAAAUGAACAUUUCAAACAAAUGUUUAAGGAUGUUUCAGAUGUAGCAAAUUUAGUAAAAUAUGUUGAAGUAUGCAUGCCUCGGAUAUGUGGCAGGCAAAUACACAGAGUAAAUAUAAACUCAAAAGAUUCAGAGACAUACUUCAAAAUAUCGAUUUUUCUUCCUUUUAUUGAUUUCAUUAUUCAAGACUUGGAUAUACGAUUUGGCGGAUUUAAUCAACUGCUAAGUUAUAUAAUGCCUUUACAGUGA